AAUAUUGUUUCUUAUGAGCGGUGGUGCUGGUGGUGGAGUGGGUGUGCCUCAAGGGAGCUCAAACAAGUUCUUGUGUUCCGUAACCAAACAAAUGAAGUAAACAAAAUGAAACGUCCAGAGAUCUCAGCAUCAUAUAAGGUAACUUCAGCACCCCCGAAUUCUUCUAAAAAGAGAAAGUCAACAUCGGAUGUUUGGAACCACUUCAUAAAGGAAACAGAUCAAAAUGGGAAGGUUCAGGCCAAAUGUAAACAUUGUGGGAAGUGCUUUUCAGGGUUAAGCAAAGACGGGACCACACACUUGAAAAAUCACUUGAAUUCCUCAAAAUGUAAAAGAUCACAAAAAGAAACUGGUGGUUCAGAAAAUCCAACUGUCACCAAUGGGAAUUUUGUGUUUGAUGAAGAAAGGAGUGGCUUGGAUUUGGUAAGAAUGAUUAUUAAGAAUGGAUAUCCGUUGAAUAUGGUUGAGCAUGAGGAAUUUAUAAUUUUUAUGAAGAAUUUGCAACCAACGUUCAAACUUCCUUCACAAGACACUUUAAAGGAUAAGAUUCUUCGUUUCUACAGAGAAGAAAAGGAAAAACUCCGCAAACAGUUUGAUAAGGUCUUGAGCUUCAGUUUAAUACUUAAUUUUUGGACAGAUUGUGGAAAAAAAAGCAAGUAUUGUUCUUUUACUUUGCAAUUUAUUGAAGAUGGUCCAAAACUGAAGAAGAAGAAUAUUGCCAUAAAAAAUGUGGAGUACAAUUAUACAGGAGAAACCCUUUUUGAGAUAGUAAAAGGUGUGCUUCUGGAGUGGAACAUUGACAAGAAAUUGGCUUCUAUAACCGUUGAAAGUUCUUAUGCAAAUAAUCAAAUGGUAAAAAUCUUAGAUAGAUGGCUUGGUGAUCAAGGUAAUUGCAAUCCUUUCAGAAAGCAAAUAUUUCACAUCCCUUGCAUUACACAUGUAAUAAAUCUCCUUGUUAAGGUUGGAUUGGAUGAGAUAGAUUAUAUUCUUCAUAAGAUAAGGAAGGAUAUCAAAUACAUGAGUGUAACAACAAUUGGAAAACAAAAGUUUGAAGAGGUUGUAAAGAAAUUAAAUUUAGGAGGCAAGGACAUUACUUCAGAAGGUGUUCCUGUAAGGUGGGAUUCCACCUUUUUCAUGCUUCGAAUUGCAUUGGAGUUAAGAAGGCAGGGGGACGCAUUUGUUGACCAACAGAGUAGUGAUUGUGUCUUCCCUAUGAAUUUAUCUGUGGAGGAAUGGGAUAAGGCAAAAGUCGCGCACAAAUGUUUGACUGUUUUCUAUGAUGCCAUAUGCAGUUUUUUUGGAAGCAAAUGUCUUAGUACAAAUGUGUAUUUUUGUAAGAUUUUUGAUAUUUAUGGUAGUUUGAAUCAAUGGCAAGGAAGUGACAUUACAUAUAAGAUGAUACAGAAAUUGGAUUGCUACUUUGAAGACAUAUGUUAUGUUUGCGCAAUUGUAGCAGUUUUUGACCCACGAACAAAAUUGGACUUUGUGGAGGACUUUGAGGACACUUCCGAGCAUCGGAUAACGCUUGGCUAUAUGUUUGAUUUAUAUGCCGAAAACCUUACGAGUCAGAGGUCAUCUUCUUCCUUCAUUAAUAAUGAUAAUAGCUCUUCCUCAGAUGGUGAUGAUCCUUGCAAUAUACUAGAUUAUUGGAAAAAAUCGAAAAGACAGAGAACAGAACUCGAAAAAUAUUUACAAGGGCCUCUUCAACCUGAUGAAGAAUUUGACAUACUGGGUUGGUGGCAUACCAAGAGUCAAGAUUCUCCAACUCUUUGGACGAUGGCUCGUGAUAUCUUGGCAAUUCCAAUGUCAACCUCUACAUCAAAUUCUGCUUUCUGUAUUGAAACAAUGACACUCGAUCCAAUCUUCAAUGAUUUGGAUCCUGACAUUAUAGAGGCAUUGUUUUGUGGGAAGGACUGGUUGGACAAUCUUAUAAGGAUCACAUCUAACAAGGACAAUGACCGCUCUAUUGCCAAUCCAAUACCCAUGCUUGAAAAUCCUGGUUCAACUUCCGGUCCCGAGCCACUUCAAACUGGUGAUACUUUACAUGUUUGGUCGGGGACUUUGGAACCUCAAGAGAAACACGAUCUCUCUAAUGUUGACAAGGAACUCAUGCUUGCAAAUUGUAGUGCAACUUUGUGUCCUGAGCCAAUUCCACUUCCAACUAAGGAAUUUGGACUGGUUGAUGAGGAGAUUAUGAAUGUGUUCGAACCAUAUACUGAAAUUGAGAAGAUCAUAUGUAAUUACAUUUUCAAUGAGGAUUUAGAUGGGAGGGAAGUUCUUGUUGACAUGAAAUAUGAGUUUGGUGAACGUGCGGCUUUCAAUGCCUUGCUCCCUAACCAAUGGAUAACUGAUGAGAUUAUUAACUUGGUCAUUUGCAAAAUGACGAAAGAGAAAAGGUUUUCAAAAAUACAUGUAUGGUAUUUGCCAACGCGUUUUUCACAAAGAAUGAUGUAUGAAGAUGGCAAUCCCACACUUUCAUGGUUUAAAAAGUCAUUUAGGGACAAUGACAAAUAUAUGUCAAAAUUGGUGAAUUGUAAACAGAUUUUUAUCCCUAUGAAUGACAAUGAUAGUCACUGGUACUUAUGUGUUGUUGAAUUAAGACCAAAUAAAUGUAUAUAUAUAUUGGACUCUUUGCCAAGCACAACUAAGCAAGACAUUCGAACAAAAGACGUGAAAACUGUGGUAACAGGCUUUGAUAAGUUAUUGAGUUAUUUGGAGAAAGACAAAUAUACUGAUAGUAUAACCAAAUUUGCAUUGAAGUCACCCGCCUCAAAUCCUAGACAAAAUAAUGGGUAUGAUUGUGGCAUGUAUGUUAUUAAACACAUAUGUACAAAUAUUUUCAACUCCCAUUUGCCCUUUCUGGAGGGCGAGUCGGAACGUUUUCGAUAUAAGUUGGCAUCAAAUCUAGUGCUUUCAAAGGAUAAUGAACAACGUUCCAAUAUUAUUGGAAGGGCUAAAAAAAUUCCACUGAAGGAUUACUUUCUGUCACUCAAAUGACAGUGAUUUGUAUAAAAGAAUGAAUGGGAGACUGAAAUUUUACCUUUUAUGAUCACAAAUGUAUGUGUUCUGCGCAUGCAUUCUGCUUCAGUCUUGAGGCACUCAUUCUUUUUAAAGUCGCGUUGUUGAAAAUUUGAUUUGUGACAAGAAUUGGAAAAUAAAUUUGUAGGAUACAACCAAUUAUGCAAGAUAUAUAUCCUUCUCCUCCUCUCCCUCUCUGCAUCUCUCGUUUGUAAUCUAUUCACUGGAUGUGGAGUAGAAUUUGAUGAUAACAGUUC